CUACUGACGUCAUUACAAGGCGCUGUCGCGGGUCCUGCCUGUGCUACCGUCGUACGGCGUGUGUGUCCCUCGGUCAGUCGACCCGUCUUGUCGUCUUGUCCUUCGUUUGUUAUUAUGUCCCGCUGUCUCGCGCUGGCUCGGUUCGCCCUCGGUUCCUCUCAGAGGACCAACUCACGGCUAACGUCAUGUGCACGAGGGCUGAGCAGCCGAAUUACCUCGCGCUCCUUCACCAGAGACCUGCAGGUUGGGCAGCAGCAGAGGUGGAGCAGUCGGCCCAAAGUGUGGAGCUCCCAGCGGUCCUGUCUCGGCUUCAGCCAGCAGUCUUACUACAGCACCCAGGAGGCAGAGAAAGAGCCUGAAGAGGAGCCUCUGCACACUAUCAUCAGUGAUACAGAGUCUGUUCAAGGUAGCUUGUCCAAACAUGAAUUUCAGGCUGAGACGAAAAAACUGCUGGACAUUGUUGCCAGGUCCUUGUAUUCAGAGAAAGAGGUGUUUAUCAGGGAGCUGAUCUCCAACGGCAGUGACGCUCUGGAAAAACUGCGCCACAAACUGGUGACAGCAGGUGGUGAAACAGCUCAGAUGGAGAUCCACCUGCAGACCGAUGGUGCCAAGGGCACCUUCACCAUUCAGGACACAGGAGUAGGGAUGAACCAAGAGGAGCUGGUGGCCAACCUGGGAACUAUCGCCCGCUCUGGUUCCAAGGCAUUUUUGGAUGCCCUGCAGAACCAGGCAGAGGCCAGCAGCACCAUCAUUGGUCAGUUUGGUGUGGGAUUCUACUCUUCCUUCAUGGUGGCUGACCGUGUUGACGUCUACUCGCGGUCCGCUGAGCCCGACGCACCCGGAUACAAGUGGUCCUCAGACGGCUCCGGAGUUUUUGAGAUCGCUGAAGCCAGUGGUGUUCAACAGGGAACAAAGAUCGUGCUGCACCUCAAAGACGACUGCAAGGAGUUUUCCGCUGAGGACAGAGUUAAAGAUGUUGUAACAAAGUACAGCAACUUUGUCAGCUUCCCCAUCUUCCUGAACGGACGGAGGCUGAACACACUGCAGGCUUUGUGGAUGAUGGAGCCUAAGGAAAUUAGUGACUGGCAGCAUGAGGAGUUCUACCGUUACGUCGCCCAAGCCUACGACAAGCCUCGCUACACGCUGCACUACCGUGCCGACGCCCCGCUCAACAUCCGGAGCAUCUUUUAUGUCCCUGACACGAAGCCGAGCAUGUUUGAUGUGAGCAGGGAGAUGGGCUCCAGUGUGGCUCUGUUCAGCAGGAAGGUCCUGAUCCAGACCAAAGCGACUGACAUCUUGCCCAAGUGGCUGCGCUUCCUCCGAGGUGUGGUGGACAGCGAGGACAUCCCACUGAAUCUGAGCAGAGAGCUGUUGCAGGAGAGCGCCCUCAUCAGGAAGCUCCGUGACGUGUUGCAGCAGAGGGUGAUCCGCUUCCUGCUGGACCAAAGCAAGAAGGAGCCAGAGAAGUACAACAAGUUCUUUGAGGACUACGGCCUCUUCAUGAGGGAGGGCAUCGUCACCACUCAGGAACAAGACGUCAAGGAGGAUAUUGCAAAGCUGUUGAGGUUUGAGUCUUCUGCUCUGCCAGCGGGCCAGCACACCAAUCUGAUGGAGUACUCCUCCCGCAUGAAGGCUGGCACACGCAACAUCUACUACCUGUGCGCCCCCAACCGCCAUCUUGCAGAGCACUCCCCCUACUAUGAGGCCAUGAAACAGAAAGACAUGGAGGUGCUGUUCUGCUACGAGCAGUUUGAUGAGCUGACCCUGCUCCACCUCAGGGAGUUCGACAAGAAGAAGAUGAUCUCAGUGGAGACUGACAUCGUGGUGGAUCACUACAAAGAGGAGAAGUUUGAAGACAGCAAGCCCGCCUCUGAGCGCCUGACGCAGGAGCAGGCCGAUGACCUGAUCUCCUGGAUGAAGAAUGCCUUGGGCCCCCGAGUCACCAACAUAAAGCUGACUCCACGCCUGGACACCCACCCAGCUAUGAUCACAGUGCUGGAAAUGGGUGCUGCACGCCACUUCCUCCGCACCCAGCAGCUGGCUCGCACCCCUGAGGAGAGGGCUCAGAUACUGCAGCCCACACUGGAGAUCAAUGCAGGCCAUGAUCUGAUCAAGAAGUUGCAGGCGCUGAAGGACACAAACUCUGAACUGGCUGGACUGCUACUGGAACAGAUCUAUGAUAACGCCAUGAUCACAGCAGGCCUGAACGACGAUCCCCGACCGAUGAUUUCCCGCCUUAACGACCUGCUGACUAAAGCUCUGGAGAAGCACUGAGAGCUCUUUACAGACAUGAACAGUGCAGACUGACUUGGUUUUGAUGACAGUGGACUGAAGCAUUUACAGCAGCUGAAGGGUGUACAAAGCUGGAGAACUGCAGGCCUGGAACCAUAAAAUCACAUCUUCCCCCCACCCCCCCUCUGGAGUACUUGUAAAGGCUUUUAAAGCUCAGAUGGAGUGACAAUUAACUGCUGAAAGCUUUGUAAACACUUGUAUGUCUUUAUGCUCUGUAUUCAGCACACUUUCUUCAGGCUCGUCCACAUCUUCAAUAAUAUGGAUGCAAACAAUGUAGAGAUGAAGUGGAGAAAGCAGGCAAAAGUAAAAAGAGAUGCAUUAAGACGUUUGUCAUGCUAAAAAAAAGUUCUAUUCUAAAGUGUGCAGUAGAGAUUUGAAGCAGUAAGAGAUGGUUUAAUUAAAGAUAAAGAUGUUAUCACUGCUGAAUAGCGCUGUUAAUGCUCUUUUUUUUUUUAUAAGCCCUUGUUUUUUUGCCCAAAAUCCCUCAAAUUGUUCGUCUUUUUUCACAUUAUUUAUUUUAUGUUUUGCAAUUUAUGAUGAAGCUGAAUACUUCAAAUGUGGGACUAUUUCGUGUGAUUAAAUAUUUUUGAACUGGUAUCAAAUGAAAGAUGGUGGUAGAUGGUGUAUGAGCUGCAAAUGUGACUUGUCAUUCUGUCAGUGGUCAAACAUGGAUUCUCAACAGGUGUCAUUGGUACUAAUAAAAUGGAUUUAAAAUACUG